AUGGCCGCGCGCCUACUUGGGCUGUACCCAUUUUCUUUCCGGAAAUGUAUUUUACUUCCCAUAAAUGUAUUUUUUAAAUAUUUUUUUUCUUCCCAGAAUGAAUUGGACCAAUUUAUUCACAAAUAUGGAGUCAAAAUAGAUGCAAUAAACAUCACAAAAAUUAAUGUAAUUAAACCUGGAGAGAACGGGGCUGUUUCAAUUUUUAAAACUUUAAUUCGUUCUGAUGUUGGUAAACAAUUUUUGGAUGUUUUUGGAUGUCCUGUUAAUAAUUUAAAUAAUUUUGUGAGUGAAGGAGGAGGAAAAAAUAAAGAGAAGAAUUUAAUAAAAUUGUCAAAUGAUGAAUUCAAGAAAAUAGCUGAUACCUUCUCUACAGCUUCAACUGAAAAACAAAAUUCCCCUUCAAUUUUAAAUUCAAUAUCAGAAGAAAAAAUUGUUGAAGAAGAAGAUAAUGAUGAAUUGGAACAACUUUUACAACGUAUUCGCCUCGUAUUAUUUCAAAAUUGUGGUGGAGGGAAUUUAUUGAAACGAGUAAAUAAAUGCUUUCGUGUAAAAUGUACUGAUUGCUUGAAUAAUAAUGAAUUCGAUAUUGAUUUGAGAGAAUCUUGUGGAGGAUGGUGUGGGUGGACAUGGCAGAGAGGAGGAGAAUUAUCACCAUUACCUGAUGUCCAUUUUACCUUGUCAAAAACAACAAUUAUAUCCCUCAUCAACAAUCAAUUAUCUCCAAUGUCUGCUUAUAUUAAUGGACUUGUUCAAAUUCAAGGUUCUAUUCAGGAUGCAAUUUUAUUGAAGAAUUUGGCUGAUUGUUUGGCUGUUUAA